CCAGUUGUGUGGGCAGCAGUACAACACUGCGCCGAAAAUCAUCCCUUAGCUAUCAGCAACAAUUGAUGGGCAACACAUUACAAUGCAGUUCGGAUAUAACCUCCGACUGUGGUACUGAAAUAUCACCGGGACAUUUUAGCCCACAUCCCAAUGAAUUGUACCUACAUCACUCGCACACACAUCAACAGCAACAACAACAGCAGCAGCACCAACAGCAUCAUCAACAACAUCAUUCACAACAGCAACAACAACAUCCACCACCCCAUGUCAAACUAAGUCUGCAACCGAUAGAACGUUACGAUGACUCGUUGGCCUGCAGUUUGCCACCACCCUCACCGGCGCCCAACAGUGAUCGAUUUAUUGAUGGAACAUGUGUGGUCUCACCACCCAGUGGUCACAGUGAUGGCCACCCCGGUGAUGAUCAUUUGCAGCCCGCACAUCAUCAUCACCAUCACCACCCACAACAACAGUCGCAGCACCACCACCACCAACAAACGUUGUCAUCUUCCACCUCGAACUCGUCAAUAUCAACCGGAGGUUUGGGUAGCUGUUCAUCAUCGGUAGGGGCAUCAGCUAUUGCCUGUGGACCAAUGAACGCCUCAUUGCAACGUGUCAGCCAUCAUGGACUGAAAUAUGGUGGCGCGGGACAGACAAUGCAGAACCUGCAACGUUCUGCAUCGCCCAACACCAGCCGUUAUCGUCUGAAUGGCGAACAUCAUCGUUAUCGUGAUUUGAAUACCGGUUCCAAUGCCUCCUCCUCAUCCUCCUCGAACACAAAUGCCACUGUAGCUGCGCCUGGGGUGCCAAACCAAACGGGACGCUUUAUGAGUAACUCAUCGAGUCAUUAUUUGAAAAAUUGCCCUACAUCGUUGGUGCCGAGCGAUACCUACAGCUAUUUGGCCUCGUCGGCCCAUACACCGGUCAAACGUUACGUACCCACCCCACCACCACCACAUGAGCUCUACGUUGCCGAUCAUCAUUCGCAUGGACAUUACAGUAAGCCACAAGCCUCCUCGACACAACAUCAACAUACACUGCCAUAUCGCAAUCGAAAUUUAAAAUGUUGUUCAUCCGAGCAGCAGAUCGCUGGCAGCGGUGGCGAACUGCAACCUCUGUCCAGCCUAAACCAAACGAAAGAACAUUACGCUUCAUCGCCCCGAAUACGAAGUAGCCAAUAUGGUGGACCCACGGCAAUUGGAGGUUCUAAACUACCGGGCAAAGAUUCUCCGGUGGUGCAUCAUCAUUUGAUAAGUGGUGGUGAGGGUGGUCAGGGUAUAAUGGCGGCAGCCCACACCUACAACAAGACCUUCAGUAUGAUGACCACCCAGUGUAGCGUGGUGAAUCAACCGCAUAUGGUGGCCACCAUUACCGCCGUGGGCUGUGUCAGUUCUCCCCAGAGUAGUCUGAAUAUUACCAGUACCGUGGCACGAUCUCAGCUACCGCCACCCGUCUAUGGUAGCAAUCAGCGCAGUAUGGCCAGCGGCACUGGUAUCUGUUCGCUUAUGAACGAUAUGCAGGAAAUGUCUUCUACGCUAAGUGCCACAAUGUCACAGAAUGUCAGUGAUGUAGCCUCAGCAGCGGUGGCGGGACUUUGUGCCACCAGUGGCCUGCGGAAAGACGAGUCAAGUUCAGCAGCCACGGGAAGCACAACCGGUUUGGUAUUAAGUUCAACGGCUGUGGGGAGUUCGACAACCUCCGCCGCCACCUGUUUACACUGCAAGACAGUGCGACGCACCACAGGUGUUCAUCAGACCACACAGACAACUGGUCCCAUUAGUCCAGUACCUCAAUUGAUGCCAACGACACCAUUGGCAGGGGCUGCAGCGGCGGGACCAAGUUCCAGUGGUUCCCUCAGUAGCACAAACACUGCCGGCAACAAUCAAAGAUAUUUGGAACAACAGCUGGCGAACAUGUCAUCAUUAACACCCACCAAUGCCGCCAACACGACCACCACCAACAACAGCAGCAACAUCACCAAUGAAAUGAACCACUUAACACCUCUAACGCCGCCCAAUGCCAGCGGUACCGGAGUCGGCGGUAAUGUUAUGGCGCCGGGACAACAACCGCUUGUCAAUCGCAUGCUCAAUACCCAAAAGAAACAACAGCAGCAGCAACAGCAACAGGAUCUGAUGGCAGAGCAAAUGUACAGUCAACUGAAAUCGAGUACCAAUCAAAUGAUGCAGCAGGCCCAGCAGAUCAUCAAUGCGGAAUAUCAAAAUCAGCAGCAGUUCCAGCAACAACAGCAGCAGCAACAACAACAGCUUCAGCUACAGUUACAACAACAGCAGCAACAGUCGCCUCAACAGGCCCAGGCCUCAUCAAUGGAACAACAUUAUAUGGUACCCUCAGCCAUGCGCACCUAUCAGCCUCAACCUCAGGCCCAGGCCAUGCAAGCAAAUCCCCAACCAUCCGUACAACUUGCUCAGCAGCCACAGCUACAAAUACAGGCUGCACCGGCCACACAACCUCAGGGCCAAGCCUCAGCCGCCGCUCUCAGCACAAUAAAUCAACAGCAGCAGCAACAACAACAGCGCUACUCGUGUAAAAAACGAUUCACCGAAUAUAUGCGUCGUGAGGUUAUGCGAUUCUUCGGCCUUGAACUUACCACCGAGGUUGAAGAUUUUGCCCUGUGGCAGGGUCGACAACGUCGUCUGGCCAUACGACGUUUUGGCACACUGAAAACCGAAACCGCUGAAAUACCUGAAGGCUGUGCGCUGGACAACAAUGGCUCCGCGGCCGGUGGUGCCAAUCAAAAUUCCCAUUGUUCUGGUUUCAAUAAUGGCGCCCAACAUUCACACAAUCACUAUCACCACCAGCAGCAUGCACAGGCGGGUCAGCAGCAGCAACAACAUCAUCACCAUCACAACCACUCGCACAACCAUUCGCAUCAUCAUGCCUCGGAGAGGCCUGACAUUCUGCCCGACACAGCCGAUGAUGAUGACACCAGCAAUGGCAACGACAGUGUUGGUUCCGGUGGCAGUGGAGGUGUGUUAAGGCGCCGCGGCCACUAUCAGCGGGAUCAUUUCCACCAUCCCUACUACAAUAUAGACUUCCGAGCGGGCGAUCAUGUGGAACGCAAACCAUCCGUUAUGUCUAUGCUGGUUUCAGGCUGUAGCUAUUUGGUCAAUGCCCUCAACAAGCGGCAAAUGGAUUUCCGCCAACGGCGCCAAUGGUCACGCAGUUUUGCUCCCGCUCAUGUACAGAAUGUCCAGAAUUUGGAUGGCACUGCCGGGGCAAACAAUGAAAUCUAUGAGGGUGUUGCAGCCCUGAACGACGAGGUCUUCUUCGAUUCACCAUCCGGCAUGGAUGCCAACAACACGGCAAACAACGGCUCUUCCACAUCGGGUGCCGCUGGCACACCGGCCAACAGUAACAAUCCUAAUGGAAAUGCGGCGACGGCGGCAGCACGCUCUACCGCUGGACCGCAAAUAUUCAAUGGCGCCCAACAGGGUUGGCGUACCACCAACAACAGUACCAGCGUUAAUCACAACGAAGCGGCCAAUCUGCAACAGGCUGUGGUUUUACAUGGCUCCGUACAGGAUCAAGACAACUCGCCACAACAGGCGGUUCAGCAACAACCCCAAAUACCCGGCAUUCGUGCCAAUCGCAUUUCAUCACAAAUACUUGAUGGUGUUCUGGAGAACUCCCGUCGUCCGAUGGCGCAAAAAAUAAAACUAUUCUGUGUUAAUGAUCUCGAUGAUCGUACCGAUCAUAGGCCCUUUUUCACCUAUUGGAUUAAUACUGUACAAAUUAUCGUAUUAUUUUUAUCGCUACUGUGCUAUGGCAUUGGGCCGAUUGGCUUUGGGGUGGAACAGCGCACAGGCCAGGUAUUGGUCACCAGCCUCAGUUUACAAACGGUGCAGCAUACGGAGCAGCGCAACAUAUGGAUAGGACCGCGUAAUCAGGAUUUGGUGCAUAUGGGUGCCAAGUUUGCCACGUGUAUGCGGCGUGAUGUAAAAAUUAUAGAUGUAAUGAUGAAGACCCGACGUCAGGAGCGUGAGACGGCCUGUUGUAUAAGGAAUGACGAUUCGGGUUGUGUACAAAGUUCACAGGCAGACUGUUCAGUGAGGGGGCUGUUUCCAACGAAAUCCAUAUCAACUUGGAAGAAAUGGUCACCCGGUGAAUCGGGGCCAGGCGGUCGCAUUUCGGGCUCUGUAUGCGGUCUGGAUCCCAAAUAUUGUGAUGCACCCGCCUCCAUAGCUCCAUAUGAAUGGCCCGAUGACAUUACUAAAUGGCCAAUAUGCCGUAAAACGAAUUCAUUCUCGCAACGUUUUCGUUUCAAAGAUCACACCGCCGAACAUAUGGUGUGCGAGGUCAUUGGUCAUCCCUGCUGUGCGGGUAUAUAUGGUGAAUGCCGCAUAACGACACGGGAAUAUUGUGAUUUUGUAAAUGGUUAUUUUCACGAAGAGGCAUCACUUUGCUCACAGAUCUCAUGCUUGAACAAUGUCUGCGGCAUGUUCCCAUUUGUAAAUGUCGAAGUUCCCGAUCAAUUUUAUCGCCUCUUUACAUCGCUGUGUAUGCACGCUGGCAUUUUGCAUUUAAUGAUAACCGUGAUAUUUCAACAUGUGUUCUUGGCCGAUUUGGAGCGUUUAAUUGGACCCGUCCGAACGGCCAUCUUGUAUAUAGGUUCGGGACUAGCUGGCAAUUUGACAAGUGCCGUCUUAAUGCCAUAUAAACCAGAGGUGGGUCCACUAGCAUCGUUAUCGGGUGUUAUAGCAUCACUGAUGGUACUAUUAAUAUUAUCGCAUUGGCAACAUCUACAUAAACCACAUGUGGCCCUGUUCAAAUUGAUGUUUAUGGGCGCCAUACUCCUCGCUAUUGGAACGCUGCCAUGGCAGCUGAAUUUUGCCGGUAUUUUUGCGGGUAUAUUCAGCGGUAUAAUUCUAACGAUAGCUUUAGUACCAUUCGUUAGUGUCACCAAAUAUCGGCGUAAAUCAAAGAUAAAUUUAAUAUGGUUUUGUAUUAUAUUCCAUGUAUUCGUUUAUGCCACAAUGUUAUUAAUUUUCUAUAUGUUCCCCACUGAAUUAACCAAGCUAAGUUUUGGAGAGGUGCUCACGAAUAGUUUUAACAAUGGUGCUACGGGCGGUAGUGGUGUUGGCGGCGGCGGCGUUGGAACUGGCAACGGCGGCAUGGGUUCGCCGGGCAUUAGCACAACUGAUAUUAUGCGCACAGGCAUUUCAAACAGCAACAAUAACAAUAAUAACAACAACAAUAAUAAUUAUAAUCGUCAGUCAUUUAUGCAUCAGCAACAGCCGCAGUAUCACUACCACCAUCAAUCCGAUGAUAUAAUAAUUAAUAAUGUUGCCGCCGUGGCGACGGCAACCCUGGCACCCUACAUCCAGUAACGAAGAAUGCCCAAUGGUGAAUUUGACAACAGAUAGGAGAGAGCGCGCGCACUCUUUUUUUUCCA